AUGGCGGCAUUAGAGAACAUAGGUGUUGAAUACAUUCAGAGUUUCUUGUCUCGUGAGGGCAGCACAAUCAAAGAUUUAUCGGAACAUUUAAAGGAGCAGUUUCCAAAUACAACCGGUUUCAGUACUAGAAGUAUUGAACGCUUUUGCAAGGAGAAUGAUAUUAGAAGAAAAGGUGUAGUUUCAGACGAAACUUUGGAUGCACUAGUUGAGGGAGCAGUAUCACAGGUUAGAUAUUGUGAUAUUCUAUUAAACAAUAAAUUGAUCUGUGCAAGUACUAUAGGGUAUCUGCUAAUUCUCCUCUAUAGGCAUACAAGAGGGAAAAUAUUAGGAGGGCAGAAAUAAAUUAUACAGUAUAUGUAUUUAUAAAUUAAAAUAUCCAAUCAUAUGUUAGGGAUAGGGAAACCGUACAUAUUUCUUGAAUAUUCGACUAUUAUCUGAAAUAUUUCUUGCUUUUAAAUUUAUUGCCCCCAUCUUUUUGCCCAACUUACAUUUAUAAUUUGCUUCCUAUCUUGUGUUGCUUAUGCCUUUAGUAGACAUUUCUACUGCUGUUAGGUAGGACCAGUUUAUGGAAGAAAAAUGAUGAAAGGAUACUUGGAAAGUCAAGUUGGUACAACCAUUGCCUCACAGCAUCGCAUUGCCAAGUCACUUCAAAGAGUCAAUCCCGAUUAUCACCAGCGACAUGUGCAUCGGACAGAGCGACAAACAAAUCCCAUACCAUAUCAUGCAGACUAUUUUGGUCACAAACUACACAUUGACCAGAACGAAAAAUUAGUAAUGUAUGGUGUGACCCAUGUGUGUGCAAUAGAUGGGUAUUCCAGAUAUAUUACAGCUCAUUCAACCAUGCCAAUCAAAAAUAAUUAUAUUAUAUAUGAUCAAAUUUUCAGGUAAUUUGAUGCUCUUUACUGUAGUAGAAUUAUGUAGUCUGUAUAUGUACAGAACUAUAAUGACAAGAAAUUGCUUAUAUCAGAGUUACUUUCUAUACCUGAGAACAAUCCCUAAUUCAGGUAAUUUACCUUUCUGAAAGUGAAUCACAUUUUUAUACACAUGAUUUGUGAUUACAUUGCAAAUAUAGACACACAGUCCUUCAGGAGGGAUUAUUUGAUCAAAUUCGAGUGGAUCAUGGAAAAGAAUUUUACUUGACACUCUACGGACAGGAGUGUUUGGCACACUUAAGAGGAAACCCAAGGAGAGACCCUCAUCGGCAAACAAAAUCAAAAAAGGUAUGUUUGGUAUUUUCUAUAAAUAAUUAGUCACAGGUGUACAAUGUGGGGGUCAGGGUUAGCUACCCUGCUCCUUCCCAUGCUGCAGAAAAAUUGAAACAUACUGUAACUCGGACAAAAAAUGGGGAUAAGGAAAAGUUGUCAGAAUAAUCUAAUAUCUGUGUGUCAUGGACUAAAUUUAAAGACUAAAUUAGAAUGAAUUUACAAGUUAGGAGUAUGUCUAUAUGAAUACUUUAAUAAAAUACCUAUACAUGCAGUAUAUGUACCAAAUAAGAAAUUGUUUUAUUGCAGAAUCUGCGAAUUGAAAGACUGUGGGUAGAAGUGAAUGCACGAGUAAACUAUCCCAUAAAGAACGCUCUACAAUCAAUGGAAGCAGAUG